AUGGCGUCGGGCUCGGAGGUGCCAGAAUAUUCGUCCCCAGCAAAACGGCGAAAGGUCGACGGUUACGACUAUACGUCUAUCAACAGUAUUGAACCAGAUUUCAGAGAUUGCGAGAUCGUACGUGACAGAGCGAAUGAAGAUUUUGAAGAAACAUCGGGUACAGACAGCGCAUAUGCUGAAUUAAGCGAUGAAUCCAAGUCGGCAUCCACUUCUUCAGAUGCUACAAAUUUGACAUCUUCAUCUAGAAUUGAUUCGACCAGUGACGAUACUGGAUGCCCGAUUGACACUGCAGAUGAAAAAGACGAAGUGUCAUCGACAGUAUCCAAUUUGUCCGAUUUAUCAGGUUUAUCUGAACUUUCUGGUAACGGAGAAGUUGGUAAUCAGUGGCGAAACGCCUGUUCGUGGGUGCAAAAGCAAAUGUUAACGGGUACAGAUCCACGAGAUCUUUUACAUCACCUACUCAUGGAUUCCACACAGAUUCCAGAGCAGGUUGAUGACCUGACGUUGUGGAAGAUAAUAAUAAAUAUGAUGUCUGAACCACCACGAAGACAAAAGUUGAGGCAUAUAAAUACGUUAUCCGACGUUGUUAGAUUAAUUCGCAAUAGUAAAAAAAUCAUAGUUCUGACAGGCGCUGGUGUGAGUGUGAGUUGUGGUAUACCUGACUUCAGAAGUAGAGAUGGUAUAUAUUCAAGACUCGCUCAAGAUUUUCCAGAUUUACCCGAUCCACAGGCUAUGUUUGACAUCAAUUAUUUUGGCCAAGAUCCCAGACCAUUUUACAAAUUUGCACGUGAAAUAUACCCUGGACAAUUUAAACCUAGCCCCUGUCAUAGGUUUAUAAAAAUAUUGGACAAACAGAAGAAGCUUUUAAGAAAUUAUUCACAAAAUAUCGAUACUUUGGAACAAGUAGCUGGCAUUGAAAACGUGAUAGAGUGCCACGGCUCGUUUGCUACUGCUUCCUGUACAAGAUGUAAAUAUCAAGUUAAAGCGGACGACAUCAGAGAAGAUAUUUUUGCCCAAAGAAUACCUUUGUGUCCAAAGUGCAGAGUAAACGCCCUACCUUCGAUAGCAGAGACCAACCCCAAUGAAAAUUAUAGAGAUCUCGUGUCUCAAGGUAUUAUGAAACCUGACAUAGUCUUCUUUGGCGAAGGUCUUCCGGAUGCAUUUCAUGACGCCAUGGCAAAAGAUAAGGACGAUUGUGACCUUUUAAUUGUCAUUGGAUCAUCUCUGAAGGUUCGGCCGGUAGCCUUAAUUCCAUCAUCUAUUCCAUCUCACGUUCCUCAAAUUCUCAUCAAUCGUGAAUCCCUGCCGCAUCUCAAAUUUGACGUUGAGCUACUAGGAGAUGGUGAUAUUAUUAUAAAUCAGCUUUGUCAUUUAAUGGGUGAUAAUUACAAAGAAGUAUGUUGGCGUGAAAAAGUCCUAAAAGAAGCAUCUCAACUAUUACCAUCGCGUUGUGUACCGGACGAUACGUGGGAACAAAGUCAAGAUAUUGCCGAUCACACAAUAUUACCACAAAACAGUACAGACGAUAUUUUAACAUCACAUAAUAUUUCUUUAGAGAGUCCAAGCAAUUUAAUAAUCAAUCCAAAUCCGAUAGCUCAAUACGUCCAAAAUACAACAGACGUAUGUGUUUCUUCAACUUUCCAAAUUACUCGUACAGAAAAUGUAGAAGAAACAUAUAACUUGGAUGAAAGUCCAAAGCGAAGGUUAGACAUUUCCAGUAAUGAAAAUAGCCCUAAAAGAAUGAAUCUUGGGUGCCAUUCCGUUAUAAAUUACGUUGCAUGUAAGGAUACAACAGAAACUAGUGAUCAAACGAUACAUUCUAUAGAAUCUAAGAAUCAUAUUAUAUCUGUGGAAUCAACGUCUGAACAUAAUGGCCAAAUUUAUAACUUAGAGGAAUGCCAAGUGGCUCCAAGAUUAAUCGAAUUUCCUUCAAUCAAUACGUUAACGAACAUUACGUCAGAAACAAAUCGAUUUGAGAGUAGUAGGGAAGAAAUUAAAAAAUCUGAUGAAGAAUCCACAUUAAUGAAUCAUGUUGGAUAUGAAAAAACUGUUUUUAAACCACGUCAAACCUCUAUUGAUUCGGCUAUGGAUUCUGGUAUAGGUGAUAGUUGUAAUAGCGUUGAUAGUUCAGAAGAAAAAGGUGAAAUUGGAGAAUCUAAGUCCAAUGAAUUAGAGAGAUACUGUUGGCCUCCUAAAAUCAGAGAAAGUCUUGCUACUAGAUUACCAGAUAAUUCAUAUUAUCAAUUGACACCUGGAAGAUAUAUUUUUCCUGGAGCAGAAAUAUAUUCUGAUCCCGAAGAUUAUGAUAGAUAUUCUCUAUCAGCAAAUUCCGAAAGUUUUGAUAGCGAUAGUGAGUCUUCGUCGGGUGACGAAGAGGAGGAGGAGGAAGAGGAGGAGGAAGAAGAAGAGGAGGAAGAAGAAGAAGGUGAAGGAGAAAGGGAGCAGGAAGAAGAGAUACAUGACACUUGUUCCACUGAUAAUUCAACAGAGAAAGUUAACAAUGAAGCCGAAGACAACAAUGUAAACUGGGCAAGUAAUUCGUAUAGUGGUAUACAAAAUUGAACAUGUACAGAUAUGUGGCAGUCAAUUUUAGUCACUGUUACUUUAAUGAAUUUUUAGCAGAAUUUGAUGAUAUCGUUGAGUAGUUAAUGUACAGUGCAAUUCUUAUCGACGUAACACAAAGCAAUGUUCGAGAUAUACGUUGUCAUACACGGAAUACACACGAAUGAAUUGUGUAGAGUCUUCUUGCUUGGUAAUUAGAAUUAAGUUGUAUCAGGCGGUAGAAGCAGAGAAGCUUAUUUAUACGAUUCAUUAGACAUGAGAUUAAUGAUACUUGACCAUAAAGUAUUACCACCGAGUACUGAAAUAUUCAGUUUUUACUCAUGGUUGUAGACUCACAAGUAAUUCAAGGUUGAACUUCAGUCGUUGAAACAUGAGUUACAUUACAAAUGGUGUAAUAUAUUUCACAACCUCAACAUAUACAUUCAAUGGUAUACAAAAUGUACAUGUUCUUCUAAUAUGUGUUACUUUAUAAUUUCAUUUUAAUGUAUUCACAAAGUUUGCUAGAUAAAGUAGUACAGAUGAAACUUUUUGCAAACAUCGAAAGUAAUCGUUGUUUAGAGUUUUUAAAUACAGCUUCUACAAGCUGCAUCUUAUCGUGGUUUUUUCUUUAUAGAAAAUGCGAUGUAGAUUGAAUACAAAAUCACAUUGUGAAUAUAAUAAUUAUUGAAAGACUAAUUUCAUGAAAAUGAUAAGUGUUAUAUCGUUGUAAAGUUACAGUUUCAAAAACUUAUCUAUCGGUUUUUAUAAAUUGAAAGCAUUUUUCUUCCAAUAAGAUUAGAAAUCGCAUUUCUCGUGACGAUCUCCGUGUAUCGUAUUUGAUAAUAUUUAAAAUGAAAUGAGGUACUUUAAAUAUUAUUACAUCGGCGUAUAGAUAUACCAAUGUAACUAGAACUCACACAAAUACGUUAUAUAUUGAGGUUUUCUCUUCGAGAGAUACCAGUGAUUAUUCUGUAAGUAUAUUGAAAUCCUCUUUCGUAUUAUUAUUAUUCUUAUUCUUAUUAUUAUAUACUUCUUCUUUCUCUUCUUCUUUUUCUUCUUCUUAUCAUUAUUAUUUAUCGAUCGAUUCUUUAUAAAGGGAUAUGUAAAUAUAAAUAUCAUAAUUAUACCAUGAUUUCGUAUUAACACAAAAAAAUCAUGAGACGAUAAUAUAACAUGCAAUAAAUGUUCUUUUGUCCUUUGUAUUUGAGAGCCAAAGUAUUGAAAGGAUUGUAAAUAUCAAGCAAUCAUAUAUAUAGAAACACGUUUAAUAUGAGCACUUUAGAUUACCGACCAUCUCGUGCAAAAAAAAUACAUUUAAUAUUAACAUUUUAAUGUUUUCAACUAAGGUAAUCACACUCAGUAUGCACGUGAAUUUACGCUAUAAGUAGAGAUUGGCACCGAAAUAAUAGAGAUACGAAUAUAAUUAAGUCGAAGAAAAUCAUUGCCGUAUAUUUCUUUAAGACGGUUGGUAAAGAGGUCACAAAAUUGGUUUUUUUUUCGUUUUUCCUUUUUUUUUUAAAUAUAUAAAAUCUUUAUUGAUAAAAAAGUUUUGAAGAAAAUUUUUAUGUUUCACUUAGAAUCCUGUGACUUAUUUACACGUUAGUGCUCUUAUUACAAUUUAUGUUUUCUAUCAAAUCCUGUUUUUGCUCCAAUUAUAAACUGUAUAUUACUAUUCUUCUUCUUUAUCUUUCUUUGUGAUUCUGCAAAGAAUAGAGAUAUCAAUUUUUUUAUUGUAACAUGUUUCAGGCUGAGAUAAAAGUUAACUUUUUUUAUAGCCUCGUUCGAAGAUUAGUGGUAUAUAUAUGUAUUUUUUUUAUACAUAUAGAUUCUAUAGAUUAACGUGUUAUGUCUCAAAGUUAUCGAUUUUUUUUAAAAAAAAGGACAAUGAAAAGUUUCUUAGAAAGUCACGUUCCUCGAGUAUCGUAUUGGUGACAGAAAAAACCUCUUUUCUAUAUAGUAAUUUAGAUUUUAUAUAUAUAUAUAUAUAUAUAUAUAUAUAUAUACAUAUAUAUACAUAUAUAUACAUAUAUAUACAUAUAUAUAUACAUAUAUAUAUACAUAUAUAUACAUAUAUACAUAUAUAUACAUAUAUAUAUAUAUAUAUAUAUAUAUAUAUAUAUAUACAUACAUACAUAUAUUGUACAUCAGCACGAUUAAACGAUGGUCUUAAUGAUUUGGCAAUUAAUAAUUUAAGCUUAUUAAGUUCGACUUUGUUUCAUUGGAGCACGGGCGAAUGUACAAAGCAAUGUUGGAUAGCUUCGCAUUGCGUGUUAUUUUUAUAUGAAUGAAAAAAAAGGUUAGAUUAGUAAUUUACAGGAUAUAAACACAAAGAACAACAAUGCAAUAACUUUCGACAAACCAUUAGCAACAAAUCGUCAUAUACGAUUGUUAUAUUUGCAAGAUAAUUGCAAGACGAUGCAUUGCAAAGUUCAAGCCGAAAAUGCUAAAAAAAACUUAUAAAAUUCAGGCAUUUUGUAUGAAUGCAUCAAAACGAAAGGAUUUGUCAAAGUUAUUAUUGCAGGAGAAAAAAAAUAAUAAUAAAAAAAAAAUGAAAUUGUACAGAAUGAUUAUAUGCGCAACAAGCAGAUUAUGAAUACAAUAAACGUUAAUGUGUACUAAUAGCAAUGUCCCUCUCCCCAAAAAAAUAUCGGACAUUGCUUUACGAAAUUUGACAUAUAAUGAUAAACUACGCAUAUAGGAAAACACACGUCCGACUAGUUACUAGAAUCUUGCACUAAUUAAAGACAUCUAGUAAUACAUUUACUAAAUGUGGCUAAAGAAUUGAAGUUUUCUCUUCUAAGUUUCUAAGCCGCGUAUUCUCUUGUGGACGUUUAUUAUCAUAUACCUGUGAAGAUUCCAACGCAGCGAAGGAUUGAAGAUUCUUAAUCUGCUCUGUUACCUUUAUAUAUGUCCUAUAUAUAUAAUAUAUGGGUGGAUAUACACAUACAUUAAUGUAUGCAUAUAUAUAUAUAUAUAUACAGACAUAUAUUUUGGUUCCUAACAGUAAGAGUCAAUUUUAUAAGAUUAGACGAAGAGAUUAUCUUCUGCUUUGUACAAAUGGCUUUAUUUAUCAUUGUUUUGCGAAGUAAUGUGCAGGAGAGGCAGAUUAGGUAUUAUUUUAUAAAAGGCUCCCUCUCUUUAUCCACACCUCGUUUUAUUUCUAUUCUUCUUUUAUUUAUUUAAGAUGUAAUGAGAGCGCGCAUACACACACACGCACGCGCGUACGCACACACACACACACACACACAUACACAUAUGUACACAAAUUACAGAACAAAAAGUUGGUUUUUAUUAUUGCACCCAAAGUUACACAAAUCUUUUGGAACAUUAUCUUUCUGCUAUCGAUAAUAUUUAACAUGGUAGUUAAAGGAAUGUUAGUUUAAUAUAUUAACAUAAAAAAAUUAAUAAUCUCUUUUUUAUAUAUUCUUAACUCUUAUCUUUUGCUCAUUUAGAUAAUACUGGAAUAUACAGAAUUUUAUAUAAUUUUACUAUGUUGUAUAUAUUUAUUACGAAUAUAUUAAUUAUUUUGAAAGUAUUAUUCUAUGUCAUGAUAAUUAAAAUUUGAUCAUAUAAAGUACGCGAUCGAUUCAGAAAGAGAGGUGUUCGUUUAUGAAGAUUUGACAAUCAUGCCAACUUUUUUUUCAAGAGUACUGACUUUUUGUAUAAAUGCGUCAUAUGUAAAUAUUUAUUAUUUUUACUAUAUGUAACAGAUUAUGGAUCUCGUCGUAUUAGUUGAGAUACGAAAUAUUGUAUGUGAAUCGUAUAAUUUAUAUUCCAAUAAUAUAUACAUGUGCGUGUAUGUAUGUAUAUAAUAUGUGUAUAUAUAUAUAUACGUGUGUGUAUAUAUAUUAUAUGAUAUGUUAAAAAAAGUUAAGAGGAUAAAGAAAAAUUUAUUUUUACGAUUCAGCUAAUGCGGCGAAAAUAGUAGAAGCAGUUCUUGAUUUUUUUAUAAUUUGUUAUUCAAUCUAACGAAUGUUAAAAAAAAAAUGUUCUCUAUUAUAAACGUUGUAAGUUUUGUUUUUUGGUAUUACUAACGUGUAAGCUUAAUCUUUUAAAUUAAACAUUUUUCUAUAAUAGCAGCUACACGAUUUAUUCUAUCACCCAAUGGAGCCCCCAACAAAUUAUUAUUGAUUCUUAUGUUUGCAUUUAAAUAGAACGAAAAAAUAAUGUAACAAGGAUAAAUGUACAAAUAAAAAUGAAAGCGAGUAUACUCAG